UGCUAAUGCUACCUCUUUUUGCUCUUUGCAGAAUUGCCAACAAUCUUUGUAAGAUCUUUUUUUUAUCCUUCUUGUUGAGAUUUGAUUGAAGGAAGCGGCCCAAAUCGUGGUAAUAAAUAGAAGCAACAAACUGGUGUGAUACUACUUAGAAAAUGAGUGGAAAAAAGAAAGAACAAGCAAUUGUAGCUAAGAAUACUAGCGAAAGCCAUGAGGGAAAUAGUGAUUCUGAUAUGGAUGAAGGCCGUGCUUCGUCAUUUUUUUAUAGCACUCCAGGUUUUAUGAGCGCUGUAAUGCGCCGUCAAGUAUUGCAAGAAAUGGUAAAAAUGUUACCAUCAAAAGUUCAGCAUCGUAUUCGAGCAUUGAAAAAUAUCCAAUUGGAGCAAUUAAAAUUGGAAGCUGAAUUUUAUGAAGAAGUUUACCAAUUAGAAAAGAAAUAUCAUUUAAAAUAUCAACCAUUAUUUGAUAAAAGAAAAGAAAUUAUUGGCGGCGAUACUGAACCAAACGAGAAUGAAGAACAAAAUUGGAAAUCAGAAGAUGAAGAAGUGGAAAUGUCUGAAAAAUUAAAGGAAAUUUCAUUAAAAAUGCAGAAAAAUUUAAAAUCAAAUUAUACAGAUGAUGUUAAAGGUGUACCAGAUUUCUGGUUAACGAUAUUUCGUAGUACAGAAAUUUUAUCUGAAAUGGUGCAAGAACAUGAUGAACCAGUCUUAAAAAAAUUAAGAGACAUUAAAAUUGUUUAUGGUGAUGAUCAAUCAUAUACAUUGGAAUUCCACUUCGAUAAAAAUGAAUAUUUCUCGAACCCAGUUUUAACGAAACAAUAUUUCUUAAAAUUGUCGCUUGAUGAUGAUUAUCCAUUUGCUUUUGAAGGACCAGAAAUUUACAAAUGCAAGGGUUGCACAAUCAAUUGGGAAAAAUCUCAAAAUUUAACAAUUAAAACAAUACGAAAAAAACAAAAGCAUAAGGAACGUGGUGCUGUUCGUACAAUAACGAAACAAGUUCCAAAUGAUUCAUUUUUCAAUUUUUUCAAUCCUCCAGAAAUGCCAGAGGAUAAAAAUGCUAUUGACGAGGAAUCUCAAUCGAUAUUAGCAACUGAUUUCGAAAUUGGUCAUUUCUUACGUUCAAGAAUUAUUCCAAAAGCUGUCCUCUAUUAUACUGGUGAUAUAGUUGAUGAUGACGAUGAUGAUGAUUAUGAUGAGGAAGAAGAGGAAGAGGAUGAAGAAGAAGAAGACACUGAGGAUGAUGAUAAUCCACAGCAUAAAACCGGUGGUGGAAAUAAAGUUAAGAAACCAACACCGAAUGAUUGUCCAAACCAGUGAGGAAGGGCUAAAACUAGGGAAGAGAAAUUUUCUAAAUAAUGUAUUUUUUUUUUUUCUAUAAAAAUAAAAAACCCCGCCCAAAAAUCGUCAGCAGGAAACUAUAUAGUAAUACAUAUUUAAAAAAAAAUAAUAAAAAAAAAAUUUGAAAACUCAUUUUUUAAGAUAAAUUUAAUCUACGAGGAAAAGAAAAGUGAUCCAAAAUUUUACUCAUCUUUCAUUAUACAUAAAAAAUAAAAUGCAAAGAAAUUUUCCAUUUUUUUUUUUAAAUAGAAUUUUAUGUUUUAAUUUAUAAAAUGCAUGGUGUUCAACAGGAAGAAUUUUUUUUUUAUAUAAAUACCUAAAUACAUACUAUAUAUAUAUAUAUAGAGGAACACAUUGGAUGUAAUUAUUAUUAAUUUUUA